AUGACUAGGGAUAGUCAUGAAUGGGUUGAAGAUAUUUUACAGGAUCUGUUUGUUGAGCGGGACAAGAGGUUGAUAAGAGGCAUCCAUCUCAGCUCGUUUGAAAAUGAGGACCAUUGGUAUUGGGAUCCUGAAGCCUCGAGUAUCCACUCAAUUUGGAGUGCUUAUAGGCUGCUUCAAUCCAUUCAUGUUCGCUAUAAUGCUGACGAUAACUCGGGCUUUUGGAGAACUCUUUGGAACCUGAAACUUCCCCCAAAGGUUUUUGGUGUGACUUUCAUGUAUACUGAACACCAGGAUUUGAGAAGUUGUUUUAAACAGUUAUUCUCCAGGGGAGUGGGGAAUACAUUAUUGAUAAUUGGCAUGAUAUGUUGGAUGCUUUGGAGAGCUAGAAAUGAUCUAGUGUGGAAUGGUAAUUGUUGGACUGAAAAUGAAGUGGUUAUUGCUGCUGUUACUUAUUUUGACAAGUGGAAGAAAGAAAGCUCAAGCUAA